AUCUAAACUUGCCAUCCAGUAAAUGUACUUUUAUACAUUCAUCUAACUCCAAGGGGAAUAGUACUACUUUCUUCAUCUCUCUUAUCAUCCCUGCAAAACGACCGCGCGCAACGGAGGUGCUGCGAGGUGCAUCCCCUCUGGAGGAACAUUUUAAUCUUCUUUUCCCCCCAUCUUUUUGUCUUCAAGUUUCUACACAUUUCUUCAAGAUAUCGUCAGGUUUUCAGAUUUCAAGGCAACACUUUUGGCAGAGAGCAUGAUUGACAUUUUAUUACUGGUUUUGUGUGGAAUGUCGGGCAGCGCGCUGGCAAAAGAAUCAACUGGUAAAUACAGCACGCCGCUUCUUGAUGUGAAAGUGAAUCAGCUUGUCUUGGAGGCCAACCAGACUCUUCAACUUAAGUGCAGGGGCAAAGGUGCGCUGCUCUGGGUCCCCCCGUUCGAUGUGAUGAGCCACAACCAGAGCCUGCGCGUGGAGCACUCAAUGUGCCGGCGGCAGCACUGCAGCACGCUCACCCUGAGUCCAGCGCUGCCCCGACACACGGGCUCCUACCGCUGCGCCUAUCGCCACCGGCAGAACCGACACUCCGCCGUCUAUGUCUACAUCACAGACAGCCAGCGUCCAUUUGUGAAGGACCAGCCUGAGGUGCCGGAGUUGGUCUAUCUGAUGGAGGGCAAGCCACUCGUCUUUCCUUGCAGAGUCACCUCACCUGAUGUCUCCGUCUCGCUUGUCAAGGUCCCUUCCCAAACAUUAACGCCAGAUCAAAAGGACCUUAUUUGGAACAGCAAGGAGGGAUUUACACUGCGGAGUCCCUCCAUUGUGCACACUGGGCUGUUCUGCUGCGAAACCACAAUCGACACGGUGAAAUACAAACAGCACUUCUAUGUCUUCAGACCAGUGUUUGAGAUAUCCGACGUGUAUCUGAAUAGCACUGGAGCGGUGCUGACACUGAUGGGAGAUCAGCUGGUGCUGAACUGCACCGCCACUGGUCCUCCCAACUCCAGGGUCAGCAUCAGAUGGAGUUAUCCUGGCGAGGGUCUUCGCAAAGUCAGAGCAAAGAGCAGCAUUGACCGCAGGCGGACACACGUGGUCUUUCACAGCAUUCUGACCAUCUCUCAACUCCGCAAGUAUGACCGGGGAGUUUACAUUUGCCACGUGAGGAACGAACGAUCCCACCGCACUGCUAACACCACUGUCACAGUAUACGACCAGCCCUUCAUCAGACUGAAGCACCGAAACGGCUCACAGGUGGAGGCAUUUGCAGGGCAAAAGUCCUUCCGCUUGGCCCCCAAAAUCCGGGCCUUCCCAGCGCCAGAAAUCAUCUGGAUGAAGGAUGGGGUGGCGGCAGCGGAGAAGUGCUCUCGGUACCACAGGGACGGGAGCUCGCUAGUGAUUCGGGACGUGACGGAGGACGACGCCGGCGAGUACACGGUUCUGGCCGGGACUCAGAAGUUUGGGCUUUACCAGAACCUCACAAUUUCACUGGUGGUGAAUGCGAAGCCUGAGAUUGGGGAGAAGGCUGUGUCCGUUCGUGACCCUGGCACUGUGCAGCGGGGGACUAGACACGCACUUCGCUGUACCUCACACGGAGUACCUCCCCCCCAAACCCAGUGGCUCUGGCACCCCUGUCCUCCAAAAGGCCGGUGUGUCCCACCGCGUUCUCAGCCCCGUCAUCAUCGCAGCCUGUCAUGGCGGUCAGCGUGGGAGUGGAGGCCCGUGACGGAACUGACGGAAGGAAGCGCCACAGAGAACCACCUCCUCACCGUCACUCAGAGGCAGGAGACCACGCAGGGCAGGAACAGGACCGUGGGAAUCCUGACCGUGUCGGAGGCGUCCGUGUCUGGCGUGUAUCGCUGCGUGGCGUCCAGCGUGGCGGGGGAAGACGAGAUGGACAUCCUCUUCUAUGUCACAGACGUCCCUGAGGGCUUUGCGGUGCGAGUCGGGGAGAAGCCAACAGAGGGCGGGGACCUUGACCUGUCCUGCUCCGUCAGCAGGCACCUGUACUCGGGGUUGUCAUGGCACCGUGUGACGGACAGGUCCCAGGCCACGCCCCAAGCCAUUGGCCCCGCCCUGGGGGGUGAGGAGAUGCAGGACGACCUCUCCCAAAGGCUGCGGCUGUUGCUAAGCAACCUGACGAUGGCGCACUCGGGCUUGUACCGAUGCUCGGCGCGACACAUGCUGACGGGAGAGCGUGUGCAUCAGGACGCACGAGUGGAGGUCACUGCCCUGGAGGCUCCGUUGCUGCUGCAGAACCUGAGCGACUGCAGAGUGAACGUCAGCACCUCAGUGACCCUGCAGUGCCCCACCACAGGGGUCCCUCUGCCCCGCCUCACCUGGUACAAGGACCACAGGAGGCUCCGCCAGGUCUCCGGCAUCAUGAUGGCACCAGAGGGCGGGGCUCUGCACAUUAACCGAAUCACAGUCGAGGAUGAGGGCUUGUACACCUGCCAAGCCACCAAUGAGAGGGGAUCUGUGGAAAGCUCCGCCUACGUUUGGGUCGAAGGUUCAGCUGAGGAGGUGUCUCUGGAGGUUCUCACGCUGGUGUGUGCAUGCGUGGUGGCCACCGUCUUCUGGCUGCUGCUCACGCUCCUCAUUCGCAAACUCAAACAGCCACGCCACUCAGUCACUAAACCUGAGUACCUGUCCAUCAUCCUGGACCCAGGGGAGGGCCCUCUGGCCGAGCAAUGUGAUAGGCUGCAGUUUGACCCCGCCCAGUGGGAGUUUCCUCGAGACCAUCUCAAACUCGAGAGGCCGCUGGGUCAGGGGGCGUUUGGGAAGGUGGUGCAGGCAUCUGCGUUUGACAUCGGGAGCUCUUACGGCUGCAGCACAGUGGCUGUCAAGAUGCUGAAAGAGGGAGCCACGCCCAAUGAGCACAAGGCUCUGAUGACUGAGUUGAAGAUUCUCAACCAUAUUGGACAUCACCUAAAUGUGGUCAAUUUACUGGGAGCCUGUACCAAACCUGGAGGGCCCCUGAUGGUCAUUGUGGAGUACUGCAGGCACGGAAACCUGUCCGCAUACCUGAAGAGCAAGCGCCAGGUGUUCCUGAUGAACAGGGCGAGAGGAGAGGGUGACCACUGCGGGGACAGGUGUCUGCUGAGCAUGGCCAGUAGCCAAAGCAGUGUCAGUUCAGGGUUUGGUGACGAGAGAGAGGAGGAAGAGAGCCAAGUUUGGACUUUGGAGUCGCCUCUUCUCUUUGAGGACUUAAUUUCAUACAGUCUCCAGGUGGCCAGAGGCAUGGAGUUUCUGUCCUCUCGAAAGUGUAUCCACCGUGAUCUGGCUGCCAGGAACAUCCUGCUGUCUGAUAACAACAUUGUGAAGAUUUGCGACUUCGGUCUGGCACGAGAUAUCUACAAGAACCCUGACUAUGUGCGCAAGGGAGAUGCCAGGUUGCCUCUGAAGUGGAUGGCCCCAGAGUCUAUCUUUGACAAGGUGUUCACCACCCAGAGCGACGUGUGGUCCUUUGGAAUCCUCCUGUGGGAGAUCUUCUCUCUGGGUGCCUCUCCAUACCCGGGACUGAGCAUGAACGAGGAGUUCUGCCACCAUCUGAAACAUGGCAGACGCAUGCGUGCCCCAGACUACUGCACCCCUGAGAUCUACAACACCAUGCUAGCUUGCUGGGAGCAGAAUCCAAGUGACAGGCCCACCUUCUCUGUUCUGGUGAACACACUCGGGAACCUGUUACAGGCACGUGUCAAGCAGGAUGGGAAGGAUUAUAUUCCCUUGGACACGUUCCUGAGUGGGGAAAGCAAUGUGGAUAUUCAGCAGGAUUACAGAGACACCAGCCAAAAGACUGCAAAUCAUGGCUAUAUCAACACUAGAGUGACAGAUGGAAUCAGUACCUUUGAAGAAAAUCCCCAGAGUAAAAGCUCAGAGGACAACCAGACGGACAGUGGUAUGGUUCUUCCUUCAGAGGAGCUGAAGAACCUCAAAUGGAGCGAAAAACUCCAAAUUGGCAACCUGAGCAAGCUCCUCUCCCUCAUCAGGUGCAGAGGCAUCGUGGGCAGCGCAGAGGCCGAGGCUGUGCCCCGUGGGAGCAGCUCCUCUGGUGUGAAGAGGAAGACCGAUCGUCACAUCAUCCCCUGUGAUACUGAGUGAGGGGCUAGGUGUCUGAUGCACUGCCUGAUGGCAAAUAAGUUCUCAUUCAUCACAACAUGCCGCUUCCAUCUUAAACAUGAGUAUUAUUGCUAAUGUCCAUCCACUUCCUUUGUUCCUUGAUACUGGACUGCACUCCAGUUGUUUAUUUGUGCAGACUAUCUUGAGCACAAAGCUUUCUAGAGUGCUGCCCAGACUUUUCAUUUCUUUAGAUCAGAUUAGAUUUGUCUAAUGGGAUUAGAUUCAUAGAAAAGUAUUCAGGCCCCACAAAUAGGAAUCGGUGUUGAGCGUACAGUUCUUUUCUGCCUCAUGAAAUAUACAAUGGGAACAAUACCGUUUGAAUCACCUGAAGUAGGUGACAACAUGUCCAAAAAAACACUAGACCACCAACACUAAAGUCUAACUCUAGCACAUAAUUUUAUCUUUAACUCUAUCCUACUCCUGCUGAUAUCACCCAACUCUAGUCUCCUCUCACCACUUCAUUCUAAUGUACCUGCAUCAACUCAAAAUGUACCUGCAUCAACAGAGUGCCAGAGAGCAGUUUCUGCUCUUCCAUUAAUACAACCUCAUCUAACUCACUCUUUUUGGCCACACUUUAUAUGAAGUGUUCAUAUAGUAUGUAGUGUCCAUCCUUAGUAUAUAAUAGACUAUAAGGGUGCUCAGAGAGUGCAGAACUCCACCAAGGCCAAUAUGGCCUACAGUAUGUCGCAAUGUGAACAAAAUUGGAUCUGCCCCUUGAUGUGCAUAUGCUCUAAUAUAGUACGGACUUCUUGUCUCAUACUGUCUGCACCCCUUCUCCUGUUUGUCUGUCUGCAUAAUCCUGCUGACAAAUUUGUAAUGCAAUAUUUGUCCUUUCUUGAGCUGUAAAAUUUUCUUUAAAAUGUAUUUCACAAGGACACUUUAUUAAGGACACUUAAUAUCAAAUAUUCUAGAGCGGAGCGCUCUAUGAUCUUUGCUUAAUAUAAAGUAGGACACUACUUUUCAUGAUAUAAAAACCAUCCUAACUCUGUGCUUUUUGAGAGCACACCUCUUGCUCCUACUAAGCUAAACCGGUGAACUUAACUCUCAAGUAUGCUGUAGUGCUUUAGCUCUAACCGGUACCCAGUACUUCACUAAAGCACAAUAAAACGCACCACCCAGUUACUACUGCUGUAAACAAACACUAAUAUGCUGGACGUUAUUAUUUUAUUUUAUAUAGAGCUGCUUGAGUAUUGGGGUGGUGCAUCAAAUCCAGGGUAACAGAUAGCGGACUCUGGGUCCAGCCCUGGGUUGUAUUCCAAAGUUAUUGGCCUCUUAUAUUAGGAGGUUUACCACUUACUCCAAGUGGUUUGGUUUGAUACUAGACGAUAGGUGCUUCUCAACAUGCCUCCUCGAUCCUCGAGGGGCGUUCCCACUGAUCUAUAACUAACACUGGAUAGACUAUCCCAUUGUUUUCGCCCCAUCAUUCUUUAUGUAGAUCAGUGAGGAUCAAGGCCCGAGGAGCAAGGGAGGACAUAUAAAUGCACAAAUGAGAGGCAACCCUUGUUCUUAGAAUACCCCCCAGGAGUUAGAUCUGGUCUCAGAAUCAGCUAUUGUAUUGUAAAAUGAAAGAAACAUGCAUGGCUAAAUACUAGAUACUACUGAAUAUCUCCUAUUACCUUUGAUAUAUGCUCACAUGAUGAAGUUUAUGCUACAAGACUUCAUUAUGGGGGCCAAAAGGAUAUUACCUUGUUACUGUGACUCAAUGUGAGAUAUUAUUCUAUACUAUUGCUCUGCUGUAUUAAUGCUCAUAUAAAGCCCAAUAAUUGCAGUUUUGGAUCACUUCAGUGCCAUUGUGUUUUUGGGAUUCAAGUUGCCCUCCUUUAAAACUGCACCCAGGCAUCGGCACCCAUGGCACUUCUUGUAACCGAAAUGAAGAACCACCACUGCCAAGCUUUUGUGCUUACCACUGAGGAAUAUACUACUCAACCACAUAUAAGCUAGUGCACUUUUACUUUAAAUGGAAUAUUAUUUCAAUGUUAUGAAACCAAAAAUGUGUUUAUGUUUGUUAUAUUCUCAUUAUUGCUGUUAUUAUCAAUAUUGCAAUGCUGACAAGCAAGGGGUUGAAGUUGCAAGAGAUUGCCUUUUAAUUUUGUUAUGAUGAGUAAUUAUGCCAAUUAUGAUGUUCAGGGAGGGUUCUAGAAAUGAUCUGUACUGACUUGGCCAUGUAAUAUGUCACACAUCUGUUAUGAAGUUGCAUAUCACAACACAAUGUAAUAGACAACCUUUGUACAAAAGACAGAAACAUGAAGGAUGUAUGUUUUGGUAUUCUUUAUUAAAAUACUGCUGU